AUUGAAAAGGGUUUCGUAGAAAUUUUGUUGGUAGCUAAGUAUCGAUUAAACCUUAUGGCUUGGCGAAUGGGGUGGCUGUAAUAGAGCUUUAGGUGAUGACGUCCAGUCCACAAAUUACAUCUGCGCAUUCAUCUGAGCUUUGUCGUCCACCAAGCGCAGGUUCAUGUUUACAAAAUACGGUAGUUACAUGAAAGUCAAAGCCAUGACCAAACACGACUGAGAAAUAACCCCGGCAUAAUUGUCGCUAUGGCAUCUUUAAUGCGUAUUUCCCGGCCCAUCGGGUCUAGAGCUAUUGCGACCGUGGGAAGGUCCAGCUGCUGGCUACCAUUUACGACCACGAUAGACUGUGUCGCACGCCCGGGCAGAGCCAUCACGAAGCCAUUCUCAAAUCCAAUCGCAGCAUUCCAUGCUACAUCUCGCCGUAGAAAAAACGAUGGGCCACCUCCUACCGAUUUCGCCGCAAUGGAUGUUUUGGGCAACACGCCGGUGCCCUCCACCGUAGUCGAUAUAUGCAUGUCAGAGGGCUUCCAGUUGAAUAGCGGCGCAAUGAUCACCGAUGGCUCUGGCGUCAUCCUCGUCGGUGGUGAAGCAUUCGAGUGGAAGCCGUGGUUACCGCGCGGUGAGCCUCGACUACUGAAUGCGAAGGGUCAAUGGGAGAUACCGAACGAGACUCUCGGCAUGUUCUCCCUGCUGUGGCCACGUCCAGAUAUUUUGGUAUUAGGGCUAGGCCCUGAAAUCCGACCGAUCAGCCCCGAACUGCGCCGACAUAUUAGUAGCUUAGGUAUGAAAGUGGAAAUCCUCGAUACCCGGAACGCGGCGGCGCAAUUCAACCUUCUUGCGACGGAGAGGGGCGUACAUGACGUCGCCGCUGCACUUAUACCAAUAGGUUGGAAAGAGGGUAUCGGAGCGAAUUGGUGAUGGAUGGACUCUUGAUACUCUCGCCCAACAAUUUCACAGGAUGAGGUACGGUGAGGCGAGCGCACUGCGUCUAAAGUCUCACCAGAAUACUGCUCCUUUCAUCGAACUUGGUCUCGGGUCAUGAUGUCGCACAAUGCUUCGUGAUUGGAACCUCCCGACUUACCAGUUUCAUGUCAAUAUCGGAUACCCGCCACAUCGGCAACACAACUUCGGCGUAACAAGCCGGCAGCAACUGUAUUCUACUGUAGGCGUGUAUUACCUGGAUGCUGCGGUUCAGCUCAACCUCCUGUCACAUAGAUUAGAAGAUGUGUAAAAAUUUGUAUCAAUCAUCGACUUCAACGUGUCUUGUCGUGAGCCGUAAAGUUUCAACACAUCAUCCUUGAUGCGGGCCGUGAUGCUUGUUUACCUUCCUGCUGAGCUGGCC